GCAGCGUUGCGUAGUGCGACGUAACUGCACGUACGUUGCGCAAUAUCCGCAAGCGUUGGUGCAGUACAGUCGGGGCUGGCGUAACUGGCUAGCUAGCUGAUCCCUUGAAAUGGACGUGUUCCUAAUGAUCAGGCGUCACAAGACGACAAUCUUCACAGACGCCAAGGAAUGCACCACCGUGUAUGAGCUGAAGCGUAUUGUUGAAGGAAUACUUAAAAGAACUCCUGAGGACCAGCGGCUCUACAAAGAUGAUCAGUUACUAGAGGACAGUAAAACUCUGGGAGACUGUGGAUUCACCAACCAGACUGCCAGACCUCAAGCACCAGCUACAGUUGGUCUGGCCUUCCGUGUAAAUGAUGAGAUGUUUGAGCAGCUGCACAUCGAGGCCUUCUCCAGCCCCCCCGAACUCCCCGACGUGAUGAAGCCUCAGGACUCCGGUAGCACUGCCAACGAGCAAGCGGUGCAGUGAUGGCGGCGCCGGCAAGGACGGAAUCGGCUGUGUGUGGAUUAACUGGAGUGAAGAAGUAAUUUAAUUUAAUGAAUGCGGACAUUAUAGGGGUAACCGAGCCUGCCCACGUUACCUUCACGCCAUCACAUCAGCGUCCCGCCUCCCUCUACUCCUCCUCACUUUCGCCAAAUUACUUCUCAAUGUCUUUCUUUUUAUCUCCGGUAUCCACGCCAUGUGCAGCCCUGCUCCUUGAAUUUACCCGAAAGCACCAACCGUCACGAAAUUUGGAGCGAGAAUGUUGUUACUUUGGAAAGUGUGAGUGUAUGUAAGCGUGCGUCUUUGAGUUGACUAUAAUUAUUAUCAUUAGCAUUUUUGGAAAGGCGUAGUUGUGUGUCGCAGUGCGCUAGAUGUAAAAACCACUCGGGUAAGAAUCCAGUAUUUGAAUCUGCAUGAACAACUUUGAAGCUAAGGUUGCAGACCGACCGCUGAGACGUUUACUUGGUCGGACACUCACUGCUAUUUACUCCACACCACCAAUUUGACACAUCUAGAAACAGCGGUUUGUUUAAUCAGUAUGUGUGAAUCGUCAGUCAGUUGUGUUUCAUGCACUGAGACCAAAGGCGAUGAUGCGUUUGGUCAAAGCACAUUUGGUCUGUGACAUUCGCAAACACCGAAUGAGAACUUUGUUCUUUAAUUUUCAUUUUUUAUAUAUGCUUUCAUCAUGUCACCAACGUUAUUAUGGCAUCUCCUAACCCCCGGCACACAAACAAAGCUUGUAACUGUAAGCUCGAUUAAUUAAAACGUUUUUCCUGUUUU